AUGCACAUUUCCGAAAGUCAAGUUAAAACCACCUUGACCGACCCAGAGAGCAUUGAAAUCUGGAGCCAGAUACCCAACGAGAUUCUUGAACAGCAAUAUAUCUCUGACCGAGAGCAAAAUCACUCAGCAGCUUACCACCCGAAGAUCCGUCCAUCGCCCCAGAUUCCCACUCUCCCCCAUUCACCACCCAGAGUGCUAUUCGAUGCGAGUAGUUCUUCGUCAGAAGGGCUUCGAACGCCUGAUAUGUGGGUUCAGAGCUCGGCAUACUAUAUGCAAUCAGCACGCACCCUCGGGUCCGAGGACCAGGCUCCAACUGGGCGAUUGGAAGAACCAGCCUCCACACAGGCCAUAAAUGGCUAUUCAUCCUUGAACUUUACGUCGGCUGCCUCAGAUAAUUUUUCUGUGCUCCCUCAUGACCCCAGGGGGGAUUUUUCCACCCAAUUUUCGUCAGGCGCAAUUGCGAAUCGGUAUCACCACCACCACAACUACGAUAUUGAUCUCAAUCACCAACUCCACCGUACGCCGGCCACUUUGGAGUGGAAUGAAGAGCGCCAAGCUGCCAGCACACAACUCAAAUGCUGGGAUCAUGGGUCCAGCGAAACUUAG